AUGCAGGCAUUCGUCGGCUCGUUGGUCUUCUGUGCUUCUGUGUGCAAUGUUUUUCUGGCCGCUAAGCUGAUUUACCUCUUGCAAGUCCUGCAAUGCUCCCGUAAAAUUAUACAUCGUUGUCAUCGUAUAUUUGCCACCACAAUAUGGUGUUCAACGUUCGAAAGGAUGCGAAGACAAAACCUGUUCAAGAAAGUCAAGGACGGCGGACUAGGCUUACAGCAUCUCUACAUCAAGCAACUCGUCAUGAGACUGUUUUUUUAUAGGCAGAGUUCACACCCGAUUCUGGAAACCAUCAAGCGGGCCCUUGCGUACAACUACAUUCCCGAUAUAUAUGUUGGGUUUCACGAAGAAAGUCUACGCUUAAGCGGUUUCUACAAAGAGGUUGUCGAGAGCCUAAACUUCUUGAAGGCUAGAUUCAGCUUAGAGUACCUCUUUUCUGUCGCCAAGAAAACGUUGGUAGCUCAUCUUCUCGAUGUACUCUUUCCUGUGCCCAUCUACCGUCAAAUCCCCUCCGGAUGGCACGGCACGGAUGUAUUGUGCAGGGUCAGGAAGAUGCCGGUCAAGCCCAACAUGAAGCCAUUUUUCUUUAAAUUACACACGUCCACACUGCCCGUGAAAGCUUGGCUUCAACAGAAGGGAUUCUAUGUUCCGUGGUCCGUGAAUUGCAGAUUUUGCAAUACGCCCGAGACUGUCGAUCACCUUUUUCUGGACUGCACAGAAGCUUUAUUCUUUUGGGAUGACUUACAGUUAAAAGUCCUUAAGCGCCGUCUUUCGCUUAAUCAUCACACUCUCCGCUUCCUCCCAUUACGCCCCGGUGAAAAUGUGAGAUACGAUAUCGUUCUUCUUGUUGCCAUGUACUGUUUGUGGAAGCUUCGUAUGGCCGAUAGGAACGAAGAGCCCUUGUGUCCUCCUAUGAAAUAUUUCAAAGCCGAACUACUGCAGGUAAAGUUAGCUUGUACUCAGCUCUUAGAAGUGCCUGAGUGGUUAGAUACAGUCUGCGAAAGGCUGAAUGUUUUGUAG